UCGAGUCGGCCGGGUGGUACUGCUCGUCCCCUCUCGAGUUCGGGCUUGCUUCCCCAACAACCGAGCGAGGCACAGAAAUUCACGAGGGAAAAAUCAAUCAUUCGUAACUUCACAAAAAAUGCUUCUAAUUAUUUAGAGCCUUAAAAAAUUUCAAUGUUGAGCGUUAUGACCGUAGUUCUACCACAGCAUUCUAAAAUCGCGGCAAGUUCAACUCAAGCUCCGGCGUCCAGCACUUCGACCCUGCCUACAUCGACAACUGUAAACACAAAGCCAGCAAUUCGAUCGUCUGCUGCGACGUCUUAUUGCCAGAGCUGCGAUUACCGCUGUGGAGCAGAAAAUGCGACGAAGAACAGCGCUCCUAUGAGGUGCCCACUCUUGAAGGGGUAUGCGAUUGAAACCUGCAGGCAUCACCCCAUGGAACCAUUUGGUAGACCCCACCCGAUGACUGCAAGGGAAUGGGAAUCCUUUCGAGAAGCUGCCUGUUUCUGGAAAGAGAAAUAUGACAGGUUGUAUGAGAAUCAGAGACGAUUACAAAAAAUUAAUGAAAGUUUGGAGGAAAAACUUCUACAUGCUGCAGAAAAAUUUGAAAACGAAAAGUCGGAUUUGACGAGAGAUGUAUCAGAUUUAACUUCUCGUCUCGUGGAAGCCAGACUGACGAUUGCAGAACUUGAAGAAGAAAACGAACAAUAUCGAAAUGACUGUAACAUAGCUGUUCGUCUGCUACAGUGCAAACCAUCCAGCUUCGUUGCUCACAAAUUUAAUUCGUUACCUGCGGAUUUUCAGGCGAAAGUCAAACGUCAUCUCACCCGUCCUCAGAGGGACAUCCGUGCCUCUUCCUCUUCACUUCUCGAUCAGUGUCCACCAGAUGUGAGGACUAUCAAGGUAUCAGUACCCACUCUGCCUCCUGCUGCCAUGGUCUACUCGGUCAACAAAUCGACCUCUUCCUCAACGAAUAACACUCAGCAAUCCAGCACAGUUCCGAGUGUAGAGGAAACAACGCCAGAUCAUGUGUCUGCUGCGAUUAUAGCAAAGGUACUAGAAGAAAGAAGCUUAGAAAGAAAAACUAUCAGCUCUUUGAAAAAGCAAAGAACGACAGAAGAACCUGACUUGAGGAAUGUGGCCAUUCAAACUGAUUAUCAGAAGCCUCCUACUUGUCGUUGCCAGCAUUCUUCAAAACAACGGUCAAUAACAGCAGAAUGUGACAAUCUCAGAUCUCCUAAAGACAUGUGCAUGCUGAACAGUACAGAAACUGCUAUUUAGCACAAAAGGACAACAUUAAGAUUUAUCAGAACUGUCAAUAAGGCAGUCAGUGCUCUUAAGUUUUUAAUCCUCCUAAUCUAAUAAAUGGGUUGAAUUUUUUUUUUUUUUUUUUUUUUUUUUUUUUUUUUUAAAUUUAUUAUAAAAUUAUUCUAAAAAUCAAUGGAUUAGAACUAAAUUUGGAAUGGAAUUUUGGGACCAAUAUUUAAGUAGAUUAAAACUAACUUCUUAAGAAAAUUCCGAAUUCAUGUAAUUAAUUAGUUGGGAAAAUGAUGGUGUAAUUUAUGUUUCCUUCAAAAACAAAAGUAAUAAAAUAGUAAUAAAAAUGUGACCAGGUGAAAAGAGAAAAGAAAACAGACGCGAGUCUGAUUGCAACAGAAACCUUUCACGGUGAUAAAAAUAACAAGCGAUUGUUUAUUACAUUGUCAGUAAUACUUAUACAGCACGUAACCAAGGUUAAAUUCCUGUAAUGAAAACUGCUAAUUAACACCAAAAUUCCCUAACAGAAUUUAAAUUGAUUUCAGUUCUUCUUAAAUUCAGUUUUGAAAGUUUUUACUACCUUCUCUAAAAAAAACUUCUGAAAAAAAAAUUUUAUGCAUUACUUCCAAUACACUUAUUCCUUUAGUUAUUAAUAAGCAUACUGGAUUAUUAAUAAGCAUAAAGGAUAAAACAUGAAGAACUUUCAUUUUUUUCAUAUCUAAACAAAAUAUAUACUCCUUUUUCUCUCUCACAUUAUUAAUUUAUAAAUGUUUCACAAAGUUUGCAAAUUUAUUUGUUAAAUAAUUUCAAUUACUUAGAUGUUGAAAAUAUUUGAAUUUAAGAUUUAUCAAAAAUAAUCUCCAAGGAGUUUUCUUUCUCCUUUGCAAAACAGACUUAAUGCAAGAAAUGUUUAUAUGCUAACAUUUCUUGUUCAAAUAUUUCAAAUGAGGAUCAUGUUAAAAGACAAUAAUACUUCUUAUAACAGAUUAAAUGGAAAAAGUUUAAACACAAAAUCUCUUCAAUUAAAUUUCGGAAAUAUAUAUAUAUAUAUUUUCCUUCACUGCAACUUACGUAUGUCAUAUUAUAUUUGCAAAAUUAAGCAAUAAUAUGUGUCAGUUUCCAACCAAAUGGUCACAUGAAAGGCUAUGUGUCCUGUACUGCUAUGUGUACAUAAAAGUCUGUGUGUGGGGGGUUAGUGGUGAAAUUCCACUCAUGCAGGUACAUCUUGCAAAGAAAAAAGGGGGGACCGUUCUUGUCUCCCGUUCUACUGGACAGAUUGAUGAUAUUUAUUUUUUUUUUCAGCUCUCAAAAGCACGAAUUAAGAUGUAUAUUAGAUAUAUAUAUACCAUUGUUAUAAGAUAGGUAUUCUAUUCUGACACAAAAUCAGACUUUUUCUGAAAUGCCAUAACACGUUUUUUUUUUUUUUUUUUUUCCCCAUAUUUCGA